AUGCGCUUACUCUCGCUUUUGACUUACACGGCUGCUGUGUCGGCCCUGUUCAUUAAACCUACAGCGCCUACAGAAGACGACUUCUACUUGGCUCCAGGCAACCUUUCGCUGUACAAGAAUGGUGAUAUCAUUGCUUCGAGGCCGGCUCCGGCAAUGAUACGGUCGAUCUAUUUUCCUGUCAAUGUCAAGAACGCCUGGCAGUUGCUGGUACGUUCUGAGGACUCCCACGGUGAACCAAAUAUCGUGGUUACUACUAUUCUAGAACCAUACGAUGCCGAUCCAAAGAAGCUCUUAUCGUACCAGCCAGCGCAAGAUUCAGCUUCCAAUGACUGCAGCCCUUCGUUCUCCAUGUUGUUCAAUGCGCCUAUGGAUACUAUAGUAGUCCAGGCAGAAAUGGUGCUUAUGCAAACAGCUUUGGCCAAGGGUUGGUAUAUGGUGGUGCCUGAUUAUGAAGGCACUCAAGGUGCUUUCACCGCUGGAAAGCAGUCUGGUCAGGCUACGCUUAAUUCACUCAGGGCAGCUUUAAACUCUGAGGAUAUAUCUGGCAUAGAUCCAGACGCUAAAGCUGCUUUUUGGGGGUACUCGGGUGGAACCAUUGCUUCAGGCUGGGCAGCUGCUCUCCAGCCAGAGUAUGCUCCUGAAUUGAAGCCUAAUUUGGUGGGUUGUGCUGUGGGUGGUUGGGUUACCAAUAUCACUCUUACUGCUGAAGCCACAGAUGGAACUAUUUUUGGAGGCCUUAUUCCUAAUGCCAUCAAUGGCUUGCUUAACGAGUACCCUUCGCUUUCCCAUCUUGUGGAUACGGAAAUUGAAACGAAGAAAACUAAAAGUUUCCUUUCUGCAAAGGAUAAAUGCCUUGUGACGUCUAUCUUUGAUUAUAUGUUUGUCAAGUUCUUUUCUGGAAAGAACCCAUGGGCCACUCAAGGCUGGGGCUUCUUUGAGCUUGACCAAGUACAAGAAGUCAUCAAGAACAACACUGCAGCUCUUCUUGAAGAAGGGCCCAUGCCUGAAAUCCCCAUGUUUGUGUUCCAUGGCACUGAAGACCAGAUUGUGCCUUUUUCUGGUGCUCAGCGUGGAUACGAGAACUACUGUGACUGGGGCAUCAACAGUUUGGAGUUUGCUGUUUCCAACACCACUGGACAUAUUCUUGAAGUCGUGGAGGGCAGUGGAGCUGCUUUGGUAUGGCUUGAAAAGAUGUUUAACGGUGACGAACCAGUAGAUGGAUGUGAAAGAACCGUUCGUACGUCCAAUGUGCUUUACCCUGGCGCCGAUAUCCAGUACCGUCAACUUGUAAGAACGUUGUUUAGUUCUUUUGGAGGUGGAGAAGUUGGUGAAACCACAAGAAACAUCACUGAAUCCACCAUGGUCAGUACCAUCAUGCAGCUGCUCUUUGGAGCUCUUAUUAAGCAGAUUGGGCCUGUGGCGCUUAAAAGAGACGAUGGAACGACUUUGCCAGAGUUCAAGGGUCUUGGUGAUGUCAUUCAGUUGUGGCAGCGGGAGAACGUGGACCCGUUUGCAGAUACCUCAUUUGAUUAG